AUGCAGAUCUUCGUCAAGACCCUCACGGGCAAGACCAUCACCCUCGAGGUCGAGUCGUCGGACACGAUCGACAACGUCAAGGCCAAGAUCCAGGACAAGGAGGGCAUCCCCCCUGACCAGCAGCGCCUCAUCUUUGCCGGCAAGCAGCUCGAGGACGGCCGCACUCUUUCUGACUACAACAUUCAGAAGGAGUCGACCCUUCACCUCGUCCUCCGUCUCCGCGGUGGAAUCAUCGAGCCGUCGCUCCGCAUCCUCGCGUCGUCGUUCAACUGCGACAAAAUGAUCUGCCGUAAGUGCUACGCGCGCCUCCCGCCGCGUGCCACUAACUGCCGCAAGAGGUCGUGCGGACACUCGUCCCAGCUCCGUCCUAAGAAGAAGCUCAAGUAA